CUCGUUUGUUUGUUUUUGUGUCACUCUUUUCAAAAUGUUGGGAAAAGCCAAUGCCGCUUUUCUCCUCCAAGCCGCAGCUCUAAUCUCGGGCGCCGCUGCCAGAUGCGUUCGGACCUGCCCUGCCGAUGACCCGCUCCUCAACCUGCUCCGUUCCGAGGACGCCGCCUCGAAAUUUUGCCGUGGAUUCCUUGGACUCGAGGCUUCCACCGUCGAUGUAACCGUCACACCCACCGUGGUAGCAACCGUGACGGAGACAGCCCACGUCACCGACGUGGUCACCGAGGUCGAUGAGACCAUCACCGUCACCGUCCCUGCCGGGGACGCCCCGGCCACCACCGCCAGCGUCAUCAUCAGCACUAUCCUCCCCGGCAAGCGUGACGAUGUUUAUCCAACCUGGCUUCCUGCUAGCUACGGCGCCAGUUACGUUUCCAAAGCCUGCUCCUGCCUCAGCUUGGCCCCUUCGGUCGUUACCGUGACCUCCACAGCCGAGCAGGUCACCGUCACCUCUGACGCCGUCACCGUCACCGAGGUUGAGACCAGCACCCUCCACACCACCGCCGUGGCCACCGCGACUGCUGCACCUGCGCCAGUCACCUACCAGCGCAAGAUCCAAGUCUUUCGCAAGGACUCCGGAGCGUUCCUUGGAUGGCUGUACGACAGCAAUGGGGUUGCUGUCGCCGAGGACAUGAACUUUGGAGAUCGGAACGCCAAGUCCCGGGCCCUUGAUUUUGGCUUCAGCCUGCCCGCCGGCGCGACCACGGGUUCCCAGAUGCGUGUCACGGGCUCCGGUGGCGCUUUGGGUUUCCUGAAGGACAGCCAUCCCCAGAAUAUUGUGCAACUUGAAGCGGGAUAUGGAUCGUUGGCCUGGGUUACGCCCACGCCGCCCGGCUCUGUGCCUAGGACCAUGAUCACCAACCAGCAUUACGCGUACGAGUCGGAUAUCUGGAUCGUCAACUUGGAGACUGGAGAACUUAGUUGGCGAUGGAUUUCCAACACCGGAGCCCUCUCAAAUAUUCCUCUUUACAAGCUUGGCGGCCGUUUAUAUCCUGUGGGCAACAUCGCUCAGUACAACUAUGCCACGAGCGGCUCGCCCGCCCCGAAGUAUGAGGUCAUAUUGAAGGUUUAUACUGAGGCUGUACCUCAAACUCAGUAAAUCAUUCUCGGCAGGAGAUAUUUAGCCCUUUUAUAGAGGGAAAGUCUUAAUCUCAACCCAGAACUUCACCUAUGUAGGUCCAUCGUAAUUCGAGCUUUCUAGUCUACUUUGUAAUUACCUCAAUCAUCGAUCCUUCAGUCUUUCCG